CCGUGGAAUCACUCGCUUGUGGCAGCGCCUGCAAACUCGAAAUUCCUGUACGCGCUCCAGUUGUCCAGUUGUGAAAGUGAAUCGAAUAGUACAGCAGCAAGGAUACAACACAACACCCGCCCGGAACAAAGUGAGACAAAAAUCGUGGAAAUUUACCUACACAAAGUGUCGUACAGUGGAUUUAAUACUGGCGCUUUCGCACUGUAAACUUGCGAUUUGCUAAAACGAACAUCAAACCGCGGAAGAAAAGCGACCCAUUUCUGCAACACAACCAACGAACGGUCAGGUACUUCCGGCAGCCAAAGCCGCUUGGCGUGACUUGGAAGCAGCUACUUCACACGGAAUAGAAGCCUCAUUUUCAACAUGAAAUCUCCUGCCCUGUGGAUGGCCAUCGGUGCGAUUCUACUCCUUGGCGGAAGUGUGAACGCAUGGGGUGGACUGUUCAAUAGAUUCUCGCCGGAAAUGCUAGCAAACAUGGGCUACGGCAGUCAUGGAGGAUCCUAUCGCCCACAAACGUUUCUGCAGAAUGAAAUUCUUGACGAGGAACAGCAAAGUCCCCGAUACGAACCGGACCCCUGCUAUCCCCGAGUGUGCUCCGCUAACGAAUACUGCUGCCCGGGGUAUAUCUGUAUAAUCAUGGACAAUGAAGAUUCACCUAUUUCAGUAAGGGGCACGUGCAUGCCACUAUACGGGCGAAAGUACGGCGAACUGUGUCGGCACGAUUCUGACUGCGAGUCUGGGCUGGUCUGUGACAUCUCCGCGUUGAGCGGUGCGAGCGUCUGCCGACCGCCAACCAUCGUGGCAAAGCAGUACGGUGAAGAUUGCAUCACUUCCAGUGACUGUGAUAUUACACGAGGAUUGUGCUGUCAGGUGCAGAGAAGACAUCGGCAAGUGCCUCGUAAGGUAUGCUCGUACUUCAAAGAUCCUCUUCUCUGCGUUGGAACGGUUGCUGCUGAUCAGGUGAAACACCAGAUUGAGCACACCGCAGGUGAAAAGCGCAUCAUUUACAAUAAGCACUAAACAUGCACGAAACCCCCAAAAACGAUCACAUCGGAUCAUUCCGACCGAGAGGCAAUCGAAGUACUUGUGCGUGCGGCGUACAUGCCAUCUCCGGAAACAGCAAUUGAUUAUGAUUCUCCAUCCUGGCAAAACCCUCUCGCACCCGACAUACGCUGGAAGCGUGUAAAAAACAUACUUAUUAAGUCCUUGUAUUAAACAAAGAAACUCAUUUGCCCUCACAAAAACGUAGCUACCGGCCAAAAGCGAUCAGAAAAUGGCAAUCAAAACAAUGCAGCAGAUGGUAAUAAUAGUUCAGCAAAUCAAUCAAAUGGAAGUUGUGUUAUCAAAAUAAAAGAAGCAUUUAUCAGAAGUACAGAGUGUGUAACAAAAAAAACCUACAAACACAGAGCGGAAAAAGACGAAAAACAAAGCAUAUCCAGCAAACCAGUUAGUGCAUUCAAAGGAAAAAUAACUAUCGGAACGAAUACAUAUCAAGUAUAUACUUUUAAGCAGACAGAAAGAAAAAUAUUGUCAAACAAAAAAGAGUUUUCACAAUACGUUUCAUUUGCUUGCCUAUAUAUCAGUAUACCUAAAAUCAGUUGUUUGCUUAACAAAUACCGAACAAAAUUCCAAGUUCUUCAAUGACAAGUGUGCACGCCGCUUACAGCUAUAUUGCAGGCAACAAUGUUUAAAAGCUCUUAUCAUUUGAGAUACUAAGACGGAUAUCAAGUGUACAAGAUUGUUCAUAUUUUAUCCUCUUCUAGACGUUCCACACUGUGAUUGACGCCAAGUGUACAGUCCACAAGUAUGAACAAAAACAAAACCAGUUAGUAACAAAAGAAAAACGAACAUUAUAUUACCAUUUCGCGUAACUUUAAUCUUCUUCUCUUCUCGAUAUACCGCUAAACGUUAUGCAACAUGCAUGUAUUUGAACGCCUGGUGUCGUUUAUCAUUCAACCUGGUAGUACCAGUUUUGGCUUGUAUGAUAGCAGAUAGAAGUGUGUUGAUAAAAAAAAAGGUGAGAGCAAUUGCCCGGAAGCUUGCUUAACUGUUUUCGUCCAUUACCACUGCAUUUACAAAUUUACUACCGACACAUUACAUUGAUUGAAAACAAUACAAUAAAAUACCCCUUGCUGAUAUAAUCGGUUCUUAUGCAAUGAAUACAUAUCGUUAUACAUGAAAUAUAAAUAUAUUAUAUUAUAUAUAUAUAUACACACAAACACAACAAAACACACAUCUAUACAUAAUGCUGCGAAUGGUUAGAACCGUGCGGCAAGGAGGAUUAAUAAGAGCAGUCAAAUCCAACAGCAAACAAUCCACAACUAGUGUUAAGGAGGUGCAAAGCAUGGGUACGGAACAUCCUAGUGGUAUUGUAAGUUAUUGAAAAAAAAACAAUUAAUUAAAAACACCCAAAAAAUACCGAGAACAGAGAAGAAAAACCCAAGAAAACAAAACAAAACUGUUUGACUAAAAAAAAAAAGAACAACACCUUUACAAAUAUAUUCAUACUGGCUGAGGCA